AUGUUCUUCAUACUCACGCAGCUUCAGAUGUCGACCGACGACGAUCGCCAGACGAAGCGGCGGCCGUUCAACUUGGCCGCUGUCAAGAGGCAGGGACGAACCCCUGGCACGGCGCCAGCACUAAGCCAGAUCGAGCCCGCUGAUAGAGACGAGAAGAGACGAGACGAGACGAGAAGAGAAGAGCUGAGCUUCGAUGCUGACAUCUGCGUCGGACCCUCAGCACCGCAGCUUCCCGAGCUUAAUUUCCGCGUUGUCGCCCAGUACAGGAGUGACAUGAACGGCGCCGUGAGACACGCAGACGACGCCCACCGCACCGCCCCCAUGUCCCACACCUCCCACCGCAACUUUUCUGGACCGCUGGCCGUCGAAAGCCCCAACAUGGCCGCUGCACCCGUCUCGCCCGUCUCGCCGGGCAACUGGAACCGGCCGAACCCUCACAGCAACCCGCAGAGCACGCCGACCAACUCCAAGACGUCACAGUACAUCGACAAGAUCACCUCGGAGAACGACCGCUUGCGACGAGAGCUGCGCGCCGAGAAGCUUGCACGUGAGGACGAGGCCACGCGCAUCUCGGCCGCCAAGUCAAAGGCCGAAGACUCACGCGCAGAGCUACAGCACCUGCAGGUGCUUGCUGAGACCAACGCACGAGCAAUCGAGCGGAAAGACCGCAAGCUGGACGAGAUGAAGGCCAUGCUCGACGCCGAGGUGCAGAGACGGAAAGCGGCCGAGCAGCGGGCAGAAGAAGCACUCAAGAUGCUGGGCGACACCCGCUCAGAAACACAGCGCCAGCUCGCGGCUGCCUACGAAAUGAAGCACAUGGCCGACACCCAGCUCGACACGGCCCGAGACGGCUUCAAGCGCAUGACCGAGGGUUACGAGAAGAAGAUCAAGCACAUCAGCGAGAGCAUGAACGAACUGCGGAAGCAGCGCAUCCAAGACGCCGAUAAGAUCAAGCGGCAAGCCGUUGUCAGCGACCAGCUACACCACGAAAUGUCGCGGACCACACGAACCGAAGGCGCCCUGACCGACAUGAUGGCCGCCUACAAGAAGGAACACCGAAUAGAGAUGGACCACUUGGUCCAGGAAGCACAAAGACUCAAAGCCGCUCUUCCCGCCAAAGAGCGCGCAGCGGACCAGUUGGUGCACUCGAUGGAAGAGACACGAGACAAGAUGCGCUGGGUCAUCACGCAGCAGCAGCGUCAACAAGAGCAGCGACAACAAGGGUACAGAUAG